GAAGUUAAACCCUCAAAAACCUAACAGCUUCUAUGCGUCCGCCUUCGCUUCCCAGUUCCCAGUUCCUAACACCUUGAUUUGUUUUGGGAGCUCUUUGUCUCGCCACAGAAAUGCUCGAGGCUUAUAAGAACAGCUCAAUCGACUGGAAGCCAUCUCCUGUAGUUGCACUAGCCACCAGCGGCGACGACUCCCAGGUCGCCGCAGCUCGAGAAGACGGCUCUCUCGAGAUUUGGCUCGUCUGUCCAGGCUCCGUCGGCUGGCACUGUCAGCUGACGAUCCAUGGGGACCCCAAUUCGAGGGUUUCGUCACUCGUGUGGUGUCAAGCUGGUUCAAAAGGCUUGCCUUGCGGUCGGUUAUUUUCGUCUAGUAUCGAUGGGUCGGUUUCGGCGUGGGAUCUUUUUUACUUGAAGCAGAAGACAGUAUUAAAUUCAAUUGGAGUCUCAAUCUGGCAAAUAGCUUUAGCGCCAUCUAAUAACCAUGUACUUGAUACAAAUCCUAAGUCUGAGCAUAUUGGAAAUGGGUAUUUAAGUGACAAGUUAAGCAUGGAUGAUCAUGAAAUGAGUGAAAGUGAAGAUGAGUCUGACUCAGUUGAGCUUCAUGAGCAAUCUGUUAUCAAGUUUCCACGUGUAGCAAUGGCAUGUGACGAUGGUUGUGUGCGGAUAUACAGUAUUUCUGACUCAGAUGAGUUAAUUUACACCAAAUCAUUGCCUAGGGUCAGUGGACGUGUUUUAAGCGUGACUUGGAGUCCUGAUGCAAAUAUGAUAUAUUCAGGGAGCAGUGAUGGGUUUAUAAGAUGCUGGGAUGCUAAUGUUGGUAAUGAGAUGUACAGGAUUACAGUUGGACUUGGAGGUUCAGGUGGUGGACCUGAACUUUGUGUAUGGUCAUUACUCGCUUUGAGGUGUGGGGCCCUUGUUAGUGGAGACAGUACCGGUAGUGUUCAGUUUUGGGACAGUCAGCAUGGGACUCUUUUGCAGGCAUAUUCUCUCCACAAAGGUGAUGUGAAUGCUUUGGCAGCAGCUCCCAGCCAUAACAGGGUGUUCUCUGCUGGUUCUGAUGGUCAGAUUAUUCUGUAUAAUCUCUUUAGCGAGACAGUGGGACCUAGUGAUGACAAAGCAUCUUCGACAGCAAUGAAGAAAUGGACCUAUGUUGGUUACGUAAGAGCUCAUACACAUGAUGUCAGGGCUUUGGCACUGGCUGUUCCAAUCAGCAGGGAAGAACUGUUGCCGGAUGAAAAGGUAAAAAGAAUUCGACGUAAGGAGAAGCCCAUUGAGUUUAGUUACCAUAAGUGGGCCCACAUGGGAGUUCCAAUGCUUAUCUCAGCAGGUGACGACACAAAACUUUUUGCUUACUCUGUGAAGGAGUUCACCAAGUUUGCUCCUCAUGAUAUCUGCCCUGCACCCCAGAGAGUACCGAUUCAGUUGGUGCAUAAUAAAACACCAUUACUUCUAGUCCAAGCUUCCCAUUGGUUAGAUAUCCUGUGCAUACGCACAGAAAGUGUUGCCUUUCCUGACAUGGCUCGUGGUCCUUCUGGCGGCCUUGCGAUGACAGAUUUGCUUGCUCGAAUUAAGGCUAAGGCAUCUCGGAGGAUUAUUUGCAGUUCUAUUUCUAAUUCGGGUGAACUUUUUGCAUAUUCCGAUCAUGUGAGACCCAGCCUAUUUGAAUUGAAGAUGCUUGGAGCUGGGAAGAGUACGACUGUUAGUAAAAGGCAACUUCCUCAGAGACUGCCAUUUGCCCACUCAAUGGUUUUUAGUUUUGAUUCAUCUCGUUUGAUGAUAGCUGGGCAUGAUAGAAGGAUAUAUGUUGUGGAUGUGGGCAGCUCACAACUAGUACAUACCUUCACACCGUGCCGUGAAUUGCAUGAUGAGCAAUUACCUCCAAGGGAGCCUCCAAUCACAAGAAUGUUUACCAGCUCUGAUGGGCAGUGGCUAGCUGCUGUCAACUGCUUUGGAGAUGUAUACGUAUUUAAUCUGGAGACUUUAAGGCAGCACUGGUUUAUUUCAAGAUUGGAUGGUGCCUCUGUUACAGCUGGCGGUUUUCCUCCAAGAAACAACAAUGUGCUUAUAAUUACAACCUCUUCAAAUCAGGUCUAUGCAUUUGAUGUGGAGGCCAGACAAUUGGGAGAAUGGUCAAUGCAACACACAUUUGUUCUGCCAAAGAGAUACCAAGAGUUUCCUGGGGAAGUCAUUGGGCUUUCUUUCUUGCCCUCUUCAAGUUCAUCGUCUGUUAUUGUUUACAGUGCCAGGGCUAUGUGCUUGAUUGACUUCGGAAAACCCGUGGAUUGUCUUGAUGAGAACGAAUUGGUAAAUGGUCAGGAUACAGCAUUAAGGAAUUUACAAAGUACUCCCAUCAAAGGGAGACUGAAACGUAUACUUAGAGAUGGUCAAACAGAGACUAGACUCGGUGGUAGAAAAAAUUUUGAGUUUUUUUCUUUUAGAAACCCUGUUUUAUUUAUUGGACACCUUUCCAAAAACUCCCUGUUGAUCAUAGACAAACCAUGGAUGGAAGUGGUUAAGACUUUCGAUACAUCACCAGUUCACAGACAUAUAUUUGGUUCAUAAAUGCUUCUCAAAAGGAUUCGUUUACAGCCUUUGGGGUGGGGGAUUUUUGAUGUGGCUACACUUGUUCUCCCAGGUCACCGCGGCUCUAGAGCAUCUUUUUGUAACCUGUUGAAGUAGUAAUUUUAGUCUUCCAUAAUUCAUUUUAAUUUACUUGAUCCUUCCCAAGAUUGUUGUGCACGUUCAUUUUGGGCAUUGCAGUCUCGAGUUUUUGUAUUUAUUUCGUUACAUUCUCCAAUCAAUCAUUGAAAAAAGAUAUUGUUACAUUCCC